UGCUGGGCGCCUGCCUUGGGGGGCCUCCGCGUGUGGUCCGGGCGGUCGAUGCCGGCGGCGCUUCUCGGGGGCGAUGCUGCCGAGGCGCAGCUCGCUGACGGGGCUGGCGGUGGGGCUGUUCGCCGUCUACGUGGCGCACACUUGCUGGGUGAUGUACGGCAUCGUCCACACCCGGCCCUGCCUGGCGGCCGCCCGGGGCAACGACGCCAACGACGGCUGCAUAAGGCCUUACCUGGCGCGGAGGCCCAAGCUGCAGCUAAGCGUUUACACGACCACGCGAUCAAACAUAGGCACUGAAAAUAAUAUUGAUCUGGUUUUGAAUGUGGAUAACUUUGACGUUGAGUCCAAGUUUGAAAGAACAGUUAACGUUUCAGUACCAAAGAAAACACGAAAUAAUGGGACAUUAUAUGCCUACAUAUUUCUCCAUCAUGCUGGAAUUCUGCCGUGGCAUGAUGGCAAGCAGGUGCAUAUAGUAAGCCCUCUGACUACUUAUAUGGUCCCUAAACCAGAAGAAAUUAAUCUUCUUACAGGAGAAUCUAUCACGCAGCAAAUUGAAGCAGAGAAAAAACAGAAUUAUGCUCUAGAUGAGCCUGUUUCACACUGGAGGUCCAGGCUGACCUUAAAUGUUAUGGUGGAAGACUUUGUCUUUGAUGGAUCCUCUCUGCCUGCUGAUGUGCACAGAUACAUGAAAAUGGUUCAGUUGGGCAAGACUGUGCAUUAUCUUCCAAUAUUGUUUAUUGAUCAGCUGAGCAACAGAGUGAAAGAUUUAAUGAUUAUAAACCGUUCAACAACAGAACUACCCCUUACAGUGUCGUAUGAUAAAAUUUCGCUGGGGAAACUGAGGUUUUGGAUCCACAUGCAAGAUGCUGUGUACUCCCUGCAGCAGUUCGGCUUUUCCGAAAAAGAUGCUGAUGAAGUAAAGGGGAUUUUUGUGGAUACCAACCUCUAUUUUCUUGCUUUGACAUUCUUUGUAGCAGCAUUCCACCUUCUCUUUGAUUUCCUUGCAUUCAAAAAUGACAUCAGCUUCUGGAAGAAGAAAAAGAGCAUGAUUGGCAUGUCUACAAAAGCAGUGCUUUGGCGAUGCUUCAGUACCGUGAUAAUAUUUCUUUUCCUACUGGAUGAACAAACAAGCUUGUUGGUGCUGAUUCCAGCCGGUAUCGGGGCAGUGAUUGAGCUUUGGAAAGUGAAGAAGGCAUUGAAAAUGACAAUUGAAUGGAAUGGCCUGGUGCCAGCAGUGAAGUUUGGUGCAUUUACUGAGUCUGAGAAGAAAACUGAGGAGUAUGAUACCCAGGCUAUGAAAUACUUAUCAUAUUUACUAUACCCAUUGUGUAUUGGAGGUGCAAUUUAUUCAUUGCUUAAUAUCAAAUACAAAAGCUGGUAUUCAUGGUUAAUUAACAGCUUUGUCAAUGGAGUAUAUGCUUUUGGAUUUCUAUUUAUGUUGCCACAACUAUUUGUAAAUUAUAAGAUGAAAUCUGUUGCACAUCUGCCCUGGAAGGCAUUCACAUACAAAGCAUUCAACACUUUCAUUGAUGAUAUUUUUGCAUUUAUCAUCACAAUGCCAACAUCUCAUCGGCUGGCAUGUUUUAGAGAUGACGUGGUGUUCCUGGUCUACCUUUACCAAAGAUGGCUUUAUCCUGUGGAUAAGAGCAGAGUGAAUGAAUAUGGAGAAUCUUACGAAGAGAAGCCGAAAAGAAAGCCCCACAAAGAAUAACUUAGGAUAACUCUAGGAGUCUCUUUGGACUGAUACUGGCUGCAUAAUGUUGUCUGGCUUUUAAGAAGCAGCAAAGCAAAAGAGUAUUCUUCAAAGCUUGUGACAGAACUUCAUGGACAAAAUAUCAUCUGCAUUGCCAAAAUAUGUUUUGAUUGCCUUUGGAUCUAUCUUUGCUGGUUGUUUUUUGUGUUCAAGAAGUCUGCCAAUAUUUCUGCCAGGUUUCACUCAAAUGAUUAACAUUUUGAAUUUCUGUGGAAGUUUCUGCAUAAAUAUUUGUGUCUGUCCUGCUUAAUGUCUCUGACCCUCCAGUAUCCGGCAGUGUGGUUGUAUGCAUUUAAAGGCCUGUGAGAAAUAGAAGUAUACUGUGAAUAAUUACAAAAGGGUAGCGAAAGUGGGGAGGAGGCCAGCACGUGACCUUCAAACCGUCCAAUAAAAUGCUUUUGUACUUGAUUGGGCCAAUCCCUGGGCAUGAUCCAGUCAAAUUCAGGACCCUGAUUUCAGUGCAAGAGAUUUCAGUGCAUUUUUAUCUCACACGUUGAAAUCAUGUGGACUUUAAAAAAAGUUUGCUUGACUGGAUUGCACUCCUUGUUUUGUAUCACUUUCUCCACCAUGAACAUCUCAUCUUUUAGAUUGAGAUGACAGCUAUGCUUCUCACAGUGGAACAUGUUAUCAUAGCAGAAUUGGGCAUUGUUGCUGAAAUAUUGUCAAUAUACAAAGGCAUGCACUUUAACAUGUAUGUACCAAACAGUUCUAAGCCAGCACUGGACACAGAAAGCUUGUAACUUUUUGAAAUGCAUUUUUUUAAAACGACAAAGGCUUAUUGGCAUAAGUCCAACUGAGCACAUGCAACAAAUAGUAUUCAGUUGUUUUGGGGUUUUUUUGUACAGUGGGCAAAAUGUUGUCCUUCAACCCUAGAGUUAGGAUUUCUUCAUUCCUUCCAAACUGGAUCUUCGUUCCUAGAGUGAGAGCCAUUAUGUUGUAGUCAAAAACCUCUUUUUAAAAAAACAAAAUGUAAAUACAUACUUGCAUGACACACUAUUGUGCCAAUUAUAUUUCGGCAGGGAAACUAGGCCUUUUUCUUCUAUAUUGACAUAGAUAGCAUAAAGAUGGGAAGAAGUUGCUUAAAGCACCUAAUAGAAAACAGAGACAUCAGAAGGGAAGUGUAAAGAGAUUCUGUUGCAGAUCUGCUGGAAAAGGAAUUGAACUUUCCAGUUGCCAUUGCUUUGGGGGGGGUGUUGCAGGGUUUUAAUCUUUUGCAUUUUUUAAAUUUUUUUAAUUUGGAUGUGUUGAUCUAAUCAAAUAGUGUCACUAAGUCACUUUAUUUUGAGCAUGUCCAAAAUGCAAGUGAAGCUGCCUUAUAAAGGAUCUGCACUUGUAUCACAGCAUGACAUUUGGUAGAGCUACAAUCCCACCUGUCCUUUUUGAGCUUUGAUCUCCAAUGAAUUCCAUGGAAUUUGGACUCUAGGAUUUUUAUUUUUAUUGAGACGCUGUGUGCACGUUGGCCUAAUCCCCCCACCCCAUCCAAUGGAUUGGCGCAUAGGGCCUGCUCCCCGCUGUGCAUGCUUAAGCCCAUUGACUUGAAUGAGACUUGAGUAUGCUUAAUGGUGACCUUCAUUACUAAGAGGUAUUGCAUUCAAUAUGGUUGAAUAUGCAUGUUCCUUCCGCACUCCAGCAUCAAAAGAUGCACUGGUACUUUAUUCUCUCAGACGACAUUAGGUUGCUUAGUUUGGGGUGUCAGGAUACUCUAAAAAUCUGUUUUGGUUCCUCAGGACUCUUUGCCCCCCUGCUAUAUUUUUAUAUUUUUAACUGGGAGGUGGGGGGUGUUGGCAGUCAAUUAGUUCUCUGUCUUAUUUUUUCAUUGGAGGCAUUUUCUCCCAUUGAAAUGAAUGGGCCUUAAAAGAGGUGCACUAUGGUUGGAUGGUGUCCUUUUGUCUUCAGCUUUCAGUUUAUCUGGAUGCUGAAAGUUUCUGAAGUCGUUCCCAAAACCCUGAAGUUCUGCAUUUGGGUAGCUUUGUCUUUCAACAUUCCUUCCUUACUUGCUGUGGUUUCUCUGGCAAGUAGUAAUAUUUUGAAGUGCUAACAAGUGCCUUUGUAAUCUCUUUUUUUAAAAAAAAAAAACUUUUGUUUUUUCAGAAUUAUGGUAAACUUAAUAAAAUUGUUGUACUACUAAGUUGAAUGUAAACUUAAAAUAUGGGCACAAAGCAGUCAGAGUUCAUUCCCAUGGAUUUCGCGGGGAAAGAUUUAAACACUUACUUAAAAAUCACAGGCCCCAAGAGUACUUAAUGGGAGAAGUAGACCAUAAAUCUAAAUUUCCAAUAAAUUCAAACUGGUAGAAGCUUCUUAUUGUUUUCAAAUUAUAAAGAAUAACCUCUUGGCAGAAAUAUUAAUAGCACAUGUUUGUUUUUCUGUUUGGUGUCUAAAAGUACAGAAUAUCAGUGAUUAGCUGAAUAAUUUGCAGUGCAAACAUUGUUUGGUUUAAAUGAACAUGUUUUAUUUUUAAACUUGAAUGAGGAGUGUAUUUGGGAACAUCAAAGUGUCCUGUCAAUUCAGAGAGACCUGGUUAGCCUCCCAUCCAGUCAAUGAUAUUUGUUUCCUUCAUUCCAUGUAAAUAAAUGUUUAUGGGUA